AUAGCAGCUCAUUAUUUCUCAAUGGCAACGUCAAUGGCUCUUAGGAGAGUUACCACCUCACCUCUCUACCACAGGCUUGUUAACCCUGUCCGUUCUGCAUCAGUUGCUCCUUCUGUUUUAAGAUCUUUCAAUACUAACGCUCAGAUGGCUUCUUACGAUGAAGAUGAUCGCGGAAUCGAUGUUGACAGGCGCUCCGGUCGUUCCGUGUCUCGCCGUCAGGAGGGUUUACCCAGUUUCUUCUCAGAUGUGUUUGAUCCAUUUUCACCGCCAAGGAGUGUGAGUCAGCUGCUAAACAUGAUGGACCAAAUGAUCGGUUCUCCAUUUGUAGCGGCGCCUCGUUCUAUGGGCGCCGUAGUCCCAUCAAGGAGAGGAUGGGACGUGAGGGAGGAUGCUGAUGCUCUGAAUAUAAAAAUGGAUAUGCCUGGACUCGACAAGGAUAAUGUGAAGGUGGCAGUGGAGCAGAACACGCUGAUCAUCAAAGGAGAGGGCGAGAAAGAAUCCGAGGAUGAAGAGUAUAGGAGAAGGUACUCUACCAGACUGGAAAUUCCACAAAAGUUGUACAAAUUGGAUGGGAUUAAGGCGGAGAUGAAGAACGGGGUGUUGAAAGUAGCGGUUCCAAAGGUGAAGGAAGAAGAGAGGAAAGAUGUUUUCAAUGUUCAAGUUGAAUGAGCCUUCAGUUGUGUUGAGCUUGUGCAAUUUUUAGGUGAAUAUUGUGUGAAAAA